AUGAAUCCAAAAGAUACCAAUAUGGAUAUUGACAUUUCUGUCUCUGGAUCCCCUUUUGGCCCGGGAUCGUCUGCAAAGAGAAAGAAGACCGGUGUCAAUUCAAGACAGGAGAUGCGUACUCCGUCUUCAUUUGAAGAAGAAUUAGAGCUAUUACACAGUGACAAGAGUCUUGGCCUCAGCACUGAAAACACUUCGGCGAUGUGGGGGCGUCCUCCAGCUUCUCCAUUAAACCCAAACAGUCAAAGCUUAGUAUUCCAACAGAUUGAAGCUGAUGAGUAUAUGGAUUACAAGACAAAGUCACCUGUAGUUCGUCUCUAUGGUAUUACUGAUGCAGGAAACAGUGUUGUUUGCCAUAUUCGAAACUUCCUUCCUUACUUUUACUUCCCUGCCCCAGCUGGAUUGAAGAAAUCCCACCUUCCUGAGCUCAAGAAGGCUCUUGCAGCUGCUCUUUUUGAUCCAGCCAUGCUUCAUAGUGUGAGCAUCGAGGUCAAACAAAGCAUUUAUGGAUAUUCUGGGGACGUAAAAUCAGACUUUGUCAAAGUUACAUUGAAGGAUCCAAGAGAUAUCAGCAAAAUAAAAAACAAGAUCGAAGAAGGCGUGGAAGUGUCUGGCUUGGAUAUCAUAUGUAUUGCAGAUACUACAUACGAAAGCAACUUGGGAUAUCUGUUAAGAUUUAUGAUUGAUUGCGAAAUGACAGGCUGUAAUUGGAUUGAACUUCCUGCUGGAAAAUAUAGCAUCUCCGACAAUCAUACUUCCCAUAGUCAAUAUGAAGUGGAUACAACAUAUGACAAGUUUAUCAGUCAUGCACCCGAAGGAGAAUGGUCAAGAGUAGCUCCACUUCGGAUUUUGAGUUUUGAUAUCGAAUGUGCUGGUCGCAAGGGUAUUUUUCCUGAGCCAGAUCACGACCCUGUUAUUCAAAUUGCAAGUGUUGUUAAAGUACAAGGCGAAACCAAUCCGUUCAUCCGAAAUGUUUUUACACUGAAGAAGUGCGCACACAUUGUUGGUACAGAUGUAUUGAGUUUUGAGGACGAAGGUGAAAUGUUACAGAAAUGGCGCGAUUUCUUUGUCGAGGUGGAUCCAGAUGUGAUUAUCGGUUAUAACAUUAUCAACUUUGAUUUUCCGUAUUUGUUGGAUAGAGCAAGGAAGCUGAAAGUAAACAAAUUCCCUUAUUUUGGAAGAAUUUCUGGAACCAAGACCGAAGCCAGAGAUACCACAUUCUCUUCAAAGGCAUAUGGUACUCGUGAAAGUAAAUCUAUCAACCUUGAUGGACGUCUUCAGCUGGAUAUGCUACAAGCCAUUCAAAGAGAUUAUAAAUUGCGGUCCUAUACACUUAACUCUGUGUGUGCUGAAUUUCUGGGCGAGCAAAAAGAAGAUGUUCACCAUUCUAUCAUUACCGAGCUCCAAAACGGAACUCCUGAGACAAGACGUCGUCUGGCUGUUUACUGUUUGAAGGAUGCCUUUUUGCCUCUGCGUCUUAUGGACAAACUUAUGCUUCUGGUCAAUUACACUGAAAUGGCUAGAGUCACAGGUGUACCUUUCAACUAUAUUCUUACGCGUGGCCAGCAAAUCAAGGUCGUUUCGCAGCUGUACAGACGUGCUAUUAAACAAGAUUUGGUUAUUCCUGUCAUAAAAACUGAAACCUCGGAUGAACCUUACGAAGGUGCUACUGUUAUUGAACCCGAGAAAGGCUAUUACGACGUUCCGAUUGCUACUUUGGAUUUCACCUCUUUGUAUCCCUCUAUCAUGCAAGCUCACAACUUGUGUUACACAACUCUUUUGUCCGUAGCAACCGUUCGCAAGUUUGGACUGGUAAAGGAUGUAGAUUAUAUUGUUACACCCAACAAUGAUUUGUUUGUAAAAGCUUCUCGGCGUUCGGGCCUGCUUCCCGAAAUUUUGACUGACCUUUUAGCAGCUCGUAAAAGAGCCAAGACAGACCUUAAAAAGGAAACAGAUCCGUUUAAGCGUGCUGUAUUAGAUGGUCGACAACUUGCUCUCAAGAUCAGUGCAAAUUCUGUAUAUGGUUUUACAGGUGCAACGGUUGGAAAACUGCCGUGUCUGCAAAUUUCAUCCAGUGUCACUGCUUAUGGUCGUGAUAUGAUUCAUAAAACAAAAGAGACUGUAGAAGAUGUAUUUUGUGUGAAAAAUGGAUAUAAACAUGAUGCUAGGGUCAUCUAUGGUGAUACUGAUUCAGUAAUGAUUAAAUUUGGUUGCGAUAAUCUUAAAGAAGCUAUGGAUUUGGGACAAAAGGCAGCAAAGCUAGUGACAAUGGAGUUUGAAAGACCCAUUAAUCUUGAUUUCGAAAAGGUUUAUUUCCCAUACUUGUUAAUCAGUAAAAAACGAUAUGCUGGUCUUUAUUGGACAAACCCUGACAAAUACGACAAAUUGGAUGCCAAGGGUAUCGAGACUGUCCGUCGUGACAAUUGUCGCCUUGUGUCAAGUGUUAUUCAAAAAAGUCUUGAUAAAAUGUUGAUUGAAAGAGAUGUUCAAGGAGCCCAAGAGUUUGUCAAGCACACAAUUGCUGAUCUUUUGCAAAACAGAAUUGAUUUAUCACAACUUGUUAUCACAAAGGCAUUAAGUAAAACAGAUUACGCAAACAAACAAGCACAUUCUGAAUUGGCAAAACGAAUGAAGAUUCGUGAUCCUGGUUCCGCUCCAGGAUUGGGAGAUCGUGUUGCAUAUGUGAUGACUAAAGGAACCAAAAAGACACCGGCCUAUGAACGUUCUGAGGAUCCUCUUUAUGUACUAGAGAACAACAUUCCGGUCGACACAAAAUACUAUCUAGAAAACCAGCUUUCAAAACCGUUGAUGAGAAUCUUUGAGCCUAUUUUGGGCGAUAAAGCAGAGACUUUAUUGACUGGAGACCACACAAGAGCAGUAAAUGUUGCAACACCAACUACUGGCUUUAUGAUGAAAUUUGUCCAGAAAUCAGCUACUUGCAUGGGCUGUAAAAAAGUGCUUCCCAAGGAUGAUAAAUCAGCAGUUUGCCAGGACUGUAAACCAAAACUGAAAGAACUAUAUCUUAAUCAGUUGGGUCCUUUGAAUGAUCUUGAAGUCAAAUUCUCUCGACUUUGGACACAGUGUCAGCGUUGUCAGGGGUCUUUGUACAGAGAAGUGCUUUGCACAAAUAAUGAUUGUCCUAUCUUCUACAUGCGUACAAAGGUACAAAAGGACUUGGACAAAGCUUCGGCACAAAUCGAGCGCUUCUCUUUUGAAUGGUAA